AUGGCGGGAACAAUUGAUGAAUAUCAUGCAACUCUUAAAAUUCUUCUAAUUGGUAAUUCUAAUGUUGGGAAGUCCUCUCUUCUGCUUCGGUUUACUGAAGAUACAUUCUUACCGAAGGACGAUGUGUCAGCUACAAUAGGUGUAGAUUUUAAAGUAGUAGAUACAGUAGUUAAUGGCAAGAGAUAUAAGUUGACUAUUUGGGAUACUGCUGGUCAAGAACGAUUUCGAACUCUCACUUCUUCAUAUUAUCGUGGUGUACAGGGCGUUAUUCUUGUUUACGAUGUAAGCAAGAGAGAAUCAUUUGACCAGUUGGACAGUUGGUUCGGAGAAUUGAAUACUUACUGUUCAAGUAAAGACGUGGUGAAAAUGAUUGUCGGAAACAAAGUUGACAAAGAACAUUCUCGAGUAAUUUCUCGUAAAGAAGCUGAAGCAUAUGCACGAAAAAUGCAAACCUUGUUUAUUGAAUGUAGUGCUAAAACUAGAGUUCGUGUUAAAGAAGCUUUCGACGAACUUGUUGAAAAGAUCAUUGAAACACCAAGUUUAUGGCAAAAAAAAGAAAAACAACCUGACAAUAUCAAUGUAUCUCAUUCUGCACAAACAAAGCAGGAAAAUUCUGCGU